AAGUGGCCACAACUGCCAUCCUGUAAACACUUGACUAGUGACUACCUGUGACUUGGCAUUUCCAAUCAGGCCAUUUACACCAAGUGCAUAAAUUGUUUCAAAUUACAAGGUACAGUUGCACUAUGGGAAAUGAAGGGCUUCUUAAAGGGCUGAUGCUACACCCCUUAUUGGAUUAUUACAUUAACAUUUUUAGGACUUGAUGGGAGGUAAAAGAUCCUACGGUAUUCCUUCUUGUGCAUUUAGCCUUAUUACAUCGUUAACAAUGUUUCUUCCUCACACACCAUGUAAAGUGUUUGUUGAAAUCUGAACACCAAAACGGAGUGCAGUCCGACAACAAAAGCGUUGCUCCAUUGUGCCAACUACAGAUUUGUUUGAACAUGGGGUGUGUAAACAAGGAAGUCACUUGCGACAGCAAUUCUAAAUUUGUUUAGCGUGUUCUUGUAGUAUAAAUGUAGGAACUUGUGUAGCAAGGGAACAUUGAACCACUGACAAAGGGUAGAGCAUGUGUUUUGUAUACACGUAGCUAUGUGGUCGGCCUAGAUUAUUCAAAAUGGCAACAGGUGGGAAGACUGACUGACUGCAGCAGUUCUGAAAGGGAUGAAGGGAAUGAGUGUAGUGUGUCAGGCCACACACAGCAUUGUGCCAUCAUGGGAUCCGUGUUAUUGCGGUGCUUUGCAUUGUGUUGCUUGUCAGGUUCUACUGGUGAUCUUACCACCUCAGUAUUCUGGGUUAUAGCUAUGCAUAAUCGUACUGGUGGUCCAUGCCACAGUAGACAUGAGUUUUAGAUUUGUACUGUAUGGGUUGAAGGGUGCUCUGACUGUUUGAAGGUAGGAGUAGUUAACCUGAAAAAUAAUCCACAGGACAUGGUUUUAAUUUGAGUUAGAACGGAGUACUUGUAGCACAACCACUUCAUCCCAUCUCCCUCGCUCCAUGGCGUGUUCACGCACACACUUUCAUGAUUCUUAGCAGAUUCUCCACUCCAUCCACGUUCAUGAUGACAAGGCUUUGAGGAAAGCCAAUUCCAGUGAGCUGGUUUACAAGACUUACUUUCUCCACACACACCAUCUCCCACAAAUUAGUCGGGGAACAAAUUACCUGCAUUCUGAGUGUGAUCCCACGCACUUUGCUGGCUGCCUUACACAGGUCCCCCUUUUGAAGAGUGGCCGUGUGAUUUCUUCCUUUGUUCACCCUGCGGGCCCCUCUGCCUUCUGCGAGAGGGAUUCUGGAGUUGAAUUUUAAAACUAUGCAUGGCGGCUGGCUGCCUGCGCUUAUCAGCUCGUGCACAAAUGAACUGCAUGCAAAUCAGGGCAGGAUCACACACCACAGUGGAGGCCUGCACUCAAAGGCAGGCUUAAUUGCUAAUUGGGUAUCUAGGUGUGACACCCACACUGCCAAAACUGAGAAGUAAAAACGUGGAUGUUUUAAUGCCAGUUGCGGUUGUUUUUAAUUAAUUUAUUCCAUUUUAACUUAUUUAAAAUGAGUGAAUUGGAUUUCCUGAACGUUUUGGGGAAACUAACCCAGGAGAGUGUAGUAGUAAACACCAAUACUUCCAACCUGAAUCUAACAUGCAAUGUUGGUUUUUGAGAUUCUGUUUGAUGUACACUAUAAUAAGAGGUCUGAUGUUGUGAAUUCAAAGGUAUCAUAUGAUCUGUUAAUCUUUGGGCAUGUUUUAUACCUCUUUUUGAAAGUGAAAUUGUCAUUGCCUGUGUCUCUCUGAUUGGCCAUUUAGAUUAGGUCUAGAAGUGACUUUGAAGUCUGCAUUUUUCUGGUAUAUACCAAAACCAUAAUGCUUUAUACGGGGAGCUGUUUUCUGGGCUGUGUGAGAAUGGUAGGUACCUGACUACUUGCAAGAAGGGCACCUGCACAUAAGUAUUAAUGAGAUGUGACUAAAGAAAAGCCCAUCACAGACACGCCAUUGUGAAACAAAGUAGAAAUGUAUCCACAACAGUGACACAUCGGGAUCCUGCUAGUUCAUGUAAAAUGGGUGGGAGGGUCACUGUUUUAAUUUGCUCUUAAUCUCUACCACAAUCUUAACAGCCCUCCUGAAUAUGACCCAUUGUUCUAGGAGAAUACUAUGUGAGUAAACAGGUCUUUUAGAUUGUGUGCUACAGACUAAAAGGGUCUGUGGAAAGGUCAAGCGGUCAUCCAGGGUCGCCAAAACACCCUGGGGGCUAGUGUAUGUGCCUAUUUAUAAAUAUAUAUAUCUGUAUUGAACAAAAACAAACUGGUAUCUGCUGUGUUGUCAUUUGGUUAGUCACUGAAUAUUCUGCACUGUUAGUGUUACUGUGAGCUUUGUAUUUUCAUCAAGGACUUGUUGCCAGACUUCUGGAGAAGGUUUAGUUUCUGAUUUCAGGUUAGAUGGAAAAGUAAUGUUCAGCCUUUGUUGGUGCUUGAGAGGCAGCUGGAACAAAUGAUGACUGGAGGAAAUGGAGGGUGAGGAAUAGAAAGGGCAAAGGCGACAGCGCAGAUCCAGGUAUGCGUCGUGGUUUUGGGGAGGUCUAAUGUUGAAUCUGGAGUUCGAUUUAUAGGAUAUGCUACACCUUUUAGCAGACAUGCAGUAAAUGCGACAAUACCUGCUUUUAAAACAGCGACAACCUUAAGAAACCCCGAGGCACUAGAAUGCUAAUGUUGUCCGGGGCUUUGACUUAUCCAUACACCAUUGCAAAAGCGGCAGUGACUGCCACAGCAUCGCUCUUGUGUGUACUGCUGACACCCAUUAACGCAUCUCCGGAGUCUGCAGGUGGAAACAGACAGCAUUUCCAACUUGAAGACUGUUUUUCGUGCGCCAGGUUUGAUAAUGGACGCAACGGAUAUCAUGGAUUUAACGCAUCAGAAAACGAGAAAGCGCCCGCGUCCAAUCAGUUCUUUGGAUGAGUCCGUAGUACACGCGUCCCUGAAACGAAUAUCAAUGCGAACGGCGGAAUGCGGGGACGCUCCGUUCAUGUACUCAAGAGGUGACCCCUUACCUGCAGCAUCACUGAAGCAGAAUGAUCAUUCUGUGUCUUCCUCACCAGCCACAGUUUUGUCAGCGCAGGAUAACCGUUCCAGCAUGUCCAGGCCCAUGAUCACCAGAUCACCAGCAUCCCCCUUGAGUAACCAGGGCAUCCCGACGGCUGCCCAGCUCACCAAGUCCAAUGCCCCUGUGCACAUUGACGUGGGCGGACACAUGUACACCAGCAGUCUGGCCACGUUAACCAAGUACCCAGAGUCCAGAAUCGGACGUCUCUUCGAUGGCACAGAGCCCAUAGUGUUGGACAGUCUGAAGCAGCACUACUUCAUAGACAGGGAUGGACACAUGUUCCGCUACAUCCUCAACUUCCUCAGGAUCUCGAAGCUCCUCAUCCCAGAUGACUUCAAAGACUACAGCCUGCUGUACGAGGAGGCCCGGUACUUCCAGCUGCAGCCCAUGCUGGCCGAGCUGGAGCGAUGGCGCCAGGACCGUGACCUGGCCCGGGUGUCACGCCCUUGCGAGUGCCUGGUGGUACGCGUGGCACCCGACCUGGGAGAGAGGAUCACGCUGAGUGGAGACAAAGCCCUCAUCGAGGACGUGUUCCCAGAGAUUGGUGACGUCAUGUGCAACUCUGUCAACGCAGGCUGGAACCACGACUCCACACAUGUAAUCCGCUUCCCGCUCAAUGGAUACUGCCACCUCAACUCCGUCCAGGUCUUGGAGCGUCUGCAGCAGCGUGGCUUUGAGAUCGCCGGCUCCUGCGGUGGGGGCGUGGACUCAUCCCAGUUCAGCGAGUACGUCCUGAGGAGGGAACUGAGGAGGGCAGGCCAGCGAGGAGGGCCUAACUCAAACCGUAUAAAACAGGAGCAGCUGGACUAGACCUCCCAGACACCUGGGGCGCUAGACUUUUUUUCGGUGGCAGCCAAGCACUAGACGGGACGCAGCAGAGCUCUGUGGAUUCUGGGUAUAAUGCUGCGCUCAUGUGCUAAUUUGUACUAGGAAACUCUGAAAUGUACUACUUGCUAACUGGUUUAACGUGGCACGUGUAUAAUUACAACCACUUUGCAUGUCGGAAAUGUCUGAGUUUCCUAGCUCCGACUAGCACGUGAAUGCCGCUUUAUUGUUUUGUUUGUCAUUAAACUUUUUUUUUUACUUGAAGAACCACAGCGAAAGAGUGACCAAGGCGUGACAGGAGUUUUUUUUUUUUUUUUUUGCCAUAAGAAGAUACAGAACAUUUUGAUAAGUUGAUAUCUCAAGGAUAUUUGUGAUUGUUCAUGCCCCGCCCCCAUCAAAAUAUAUAAAAAAGGAUUAAUACUUUCCCAGGGUCCCCAAAUAAAGUUUGUUUUAAAACUUUGAACCUACAUUAGGUUAGAUAUGAUUUCCAUGAUUAAGACCAUACAACAUGUAAAUGGUUUGAUUGCACAUGUAGUGCACGGCCAUUCACUAGUUAUUUGCAGUUUUUAUUUACCCAUUGGCAUAUUUACCAAGUCGAAUUGUUCUCCCAUACUAUAAGAACGUUCACUGUGUUGCUAGCGGCAGACAAACAGUGCUAUACAUCAUGGUGUUGUGAGAAGAUCUUGGUUAGCAUAAACACCAUUAUUUUUAACAGAACUGAAUGAAACAUUAUCCACACUCUUAUUCACACAGGAUGUUAAGUAUCGUAAUAAUACAAAUGAAGUGUUUUUACUUUAAUCAAAGUUACCUUAUUGGAUUUUAUAAUAUGAAAUAUAGUUCACAUUAGUAUUAUCAAUAUUUUAUGUCAUAGACCAUUCUAUACUCACUAAAUGAAAAUUAAGUAAAUUAUUAUAAAUGUCCCUGCAUUGCCUCUCUUUUGGGUACUAAAACCUAGAGAACAGAGGUGACUAAUUCAGAGGAGCCUCAAGUUCCUAUUGAGUGACCUACUGUAAAUGAUAUUUGCCAUUGUAUGUUUUGUUUUUAUACAUUGAAAUGGACACCUUUUUAACCGGCAUAAUGUUGCCUCAUAAAUGACUGAACAGAUCAGGCUAAUAGUAGAAGAACCAAAUCUAAGAUUUAUUCUUAGGACAUUGAUGAUGUGAAGUUUGAUUAUCAUUAACUAUUUCUAACGUGAUCUACCUACGCUCCCUAGAUUUGAGUAAAGAGGAAUGUAGUACUAAAAUGUGAAAUAAAUCUUCAACUGAAGUUGUA